GCGGAUGGAGAGGCGGCGCGUGAGUCCUGCCUCCUCUGCUCCUUCAGUGUCUCCACAUACAUCCACAGUAAACUGGAGGAGGAUACAGAAAACACAGCCGCGCAGAGACGGGGCUUGGUCCACGUCGGAAGUUCUUGUUCUGCAGUUUUUGCUACGCGGUUUUUUGUUUUUUUUGAAUCGCACAUCGCUUUAUAAGAGAAGACAGAAUGGCAGAGGCACACCAGGCCGUUGCGUUCCAGUUCACAGUCACUCCUGAGGGCAUCGACCUGCAACUGUCCCACCAGGCGCUCUCUGAAAUCUACCUGUCUGGAGUGCGGUCCUGGAAGAAGCGCAUCAUUAGACUCAAGAACAAUGUGAUAACAGGGGUUUACCCAGCCAGUCCUUCUUCAUGGUUAUUUGUGGUCAUUGCAAUUUUGGCAACAAUGUACACCCGUUCUGAUCCAUCCAUGGGACUCAUAGCCAAAAUACAAGAGCACCUACCAGUCAGUCAUUCAAUGAGUUCCCAGUGUCAAGCCGUGGUGUCUGCGGUUCUCUUCAGUACUCUGCUGUGGCUGCUGCUCAUUUUCACCAUGAGACUCUGCCUUAAACAGCUCCUGUCCUACCACCGCUGGAUGUUUGAGCAGCAUGGAAAGAUGUCCAACACCACCAAAGUCUGGGUGGCCCUGGUGCGCAUCUUCUCUGGCAGGAAGCCUCUUCUCUACAGCUACCAGGGUUCACUGCCAAAUCUGCCUGUGCCCACCAUUAAAGACACCGUCAAAAGGUACUUGGAGUCUGUGCGUCCUCUUAUGGAUGACAGUAAAUAUGAACGCACAACCCAACUGGCAGAAGAGUUUCAGGGCAGCCUGGGGAACCGCCUGCAGUGGUACCUCAAACUGAAAUCACUAUGGGCUGCUAACUAUGUCAGUGACUGGUGGGAAGAAUACAUUUACCUUCAUGGAAGAAGCCCUAUAAUGGUUAACAGUAACUACUAUGGCAUGGACUUUUUGUUUGUGACGCCCACACCGAUCCAGGCAGCAAGAGCCGGCAACUCCAUUCACGCAUUCUUCCUUUAUCGUCGCAAACUGAACAAAGAGGAGAUUAAACCAAGUCGUAUCCCCGGCACUGUCAUUCCCCUGUGUGCAGCUCAGUGUGAGAGGAUAUUCAACACUACACGGACUCCAGGAGAGGAGACUGACAUGGUUCAGCACUGGCAAGACAGUGAUUACAUAGCGGUUUACCACAGGGGGCGCUACUUCAGGCUCAGGGUGUACCAGGCUGGCCGCCUCCUGUCACCCAGGGAGAUUGAGUUUCAAAUCCAAAGAAUUCUGGAUGACCCCUCUCCUCCUUCAAAAGGAGAAGCCCACCUCGGGGCCCUGACAGCCGGUGACAGAAUUCCAUGGGCCAAGGCCAGGACAAAAUUCUUUAGCACAGGGCUUAACAAACGGUCUCUGGAUUGUAUAGAAAAAGCUGCCUUUUUUGUCACACUGGAUGAUGAUGAGCAAGGCAUGAUGGGUGAUGACCCUGCUGCAAGUCUAGAUAAAUAUGCUAAAUCCCUUUUGCAUGGAAAUUGUUAUGACAGGUGGUUUGACAAGUCAUUUUCUGUAGUUUUCUACAGAAAUGGAAAAUGUGGAAUAAAUGCAGAACAUUCUUGGGCAGAUGCACCUGUUUUGGCCCAUGUAUGGGAGUAUUCCCUGGCUACUGACAGUUUCCAGCUCGGUUAUAAUACUGAAGGUCACUGCAAGGGAGAAGUAGAUUCCUCACUUCCAAAACCACAAAAGCUGAACUGGGAAAUCCCCCCUGAGUGUGAGGAGCAGAUAUCCAAGUCUUUGGAAGUGGCCCAGAAACUGGCGAACGAUAUCGAUUUUCAUGUUUUCUCAUUCCAAGAGUUUGGAAAAGGAAAGGUUAAAAAGUGCAGGGUCAGCCCAGAUGCCUUUAUCCAGAUGACUCUUCAGUUGGCCUACUUCAGGGAGCAAGGUAAUUUUUGUUUGACAUAUGAGGCUUCCAUGACCCGUUUGUUCAGGGAGGGCAGGACUGAAACGGUGCGCUCCUGCUCCAAUGAGAGCAGUGCCUUUGUCCGAGCGUUCGAAGGAGGAGAGGCUCCCGAGGUGUGCAGACGUCUGUUUAAGGCAGCGUCAGAAAAGCACCAGCUUCUCUACCGCAUGGCCAUGACAGGAGCUGGCAUCGACAGACACCUCUUCUGCCUCUAUGUGGUCUCCAAAUAUUUAGGAGUAGAGUCGCCUUUCUUGAAAGAGGUGCUGUCGGAGCCCUGGAGGCUCUCAACCAGUCAGACUGCUGUCCAGCAGGUGGAGCUAUUUGACCUGGUCAACUACCCAGAAUACAUCUCUUGUGGAGGAGGCUUUGGUCCAGUCGCUGAUGAUGGUUAUGGAGUGUCCUACAGCCUUGUUGGAGAGAACAUUAUUAACUUCCACAUCUCCUGCAAGCACUCAUGUCCUCAAACUGAUGCCCAUAAAUUUGGUUCUCAGAUUAAAAAGGCACUGCAUGAUAUAGUCCAUCUGCUCAGUAGUGCCCAACCAGAGCCCAAGAAAACUGAAACCAGUCGCCCCAAAGUCAAGAAAGACCAGUAACUUAUACUGAGGGACACCUGGGUCAAAUGUGCACACCCGACGUUGAGAUUUUGGUAUUGCAGAAAAGAGCCUUACACAUUGCGGGCAUAUAUACUCUAUGUGAAAACUGCAGUGCUAAAAGGGAUGUUUUAAUAAAUAUAUUUAUAUUUGUUUGUAGGUUAGUUAAGAGGGGACCAUUAUUUUUUACAUAUUUACAGUCAUUUGGAUUUAUAAUAAACAUGGUGUAGGUCUAGCUUGUCUUCAGAACAUAUUUGGAAAUGCCUUGUAAAGGGAUUUUGUAUUUUCUUAGUUAACAUAGCAUUAAAUAUGCAUACAAUUUGCACCACAAGGGUAUAUACCACAUAAACUGUACUGUCUGGAAUGGGUUGUGGGAGCAAACUGCAGAGACUGAAGGCAGCAGUAUAGACUGGCUCCUCCUGUUCUUUGAGAAGGAUGUUGCAGUUUUUAGGAGACCUUUGAGAAGGAGAUUGUCAGUGAUUAAUUAAUUUCUCUCAGCUGUUUUUUUUUUUUUUGUAAUGUCAUUUGAAUAACUUGAACAGCAAGAUGAUUUCCUGCCUUUUUUUGGAAAUCAGACUUAUAAGAAUCCAUAUUGAACCUCUCUGAGAGCUGAGAGCUGGCUACUAUGAACCAGACCAACCACAGGACAACUGGUGGUUUGGACUAAGGCAAAGGUGAAGCACCCAAACAAAGUGGCACUGAGUGAUGUACUUCAGUUUAUUUUAGCAGAAACGCAGACAAUUACAUAAAUUACAGACUACUAUGGACGAAGUACUUUGGACAUGUAUGGAUGGGAAAGAUGCGUUUUUGUCAUAUGGAUUUAGCAAAGGUUUUAUUUAUCAGCUCACUCCGGGUUGCAUUUAAUGAGAGCCAUUCCAGAUUUGUUAUGUGUAGAGUCAGGAUUGCUACACAUAUCAGUCUAGCUUUUGCCAGGUUACCAUAACCAUUGGACAUUUAUUUGUAUUAACACUUAACAUAAACUACAGGGACAAAUUCCUUCAUUGUACUAUUUUGGAUUUUUUUGUCUUUGGUUUUCUGUAGAAAUACAGUAUAAUAUAUGUAAAAUUCCUAGGAAUAUGAGUAUUUGCCAUAUCUUUGUAAGGAAAAAGGGAUGGUCCUACACUCAAUAUUAAAGCAACAGGACACAAGUGUAAA